AUGAGGGGCUCUCUAUUAUCAUCCGUGGUGAGGCGGAGUGUGAAUUUACCACGACCGUUUGUCCAAAGACCUUUCCAGGCAGUUUGUAAAGUCAAGAGCUCCGCAUCUUUGACAUCUCGAAGCUAUAGUUCCGACAGUGCAGUCUCAUCACCACUUCCCUGGACUCAACAUCCUCUUAAUACCAAUUCACCUAGUGAAAAUGAUGUGACACAGCUUUCCAAAUCUCAAAGUCAACCUCGACUUGCAUACAUUGCAUUGGGUAGUAACCUUGGUGAUCGAGUGGGAUGGAUCGAAAUGGCUUGCAACAAAAUGUCGGAGAGAGGCAUCAAAGUCAAGAGAACGAGUGGGUUAUGGGAAACUGAACCUAUGUACGUUCUUGAUCAAGAGAAUUUUAUAAAUGGUGCUUGUGAGGUAGAAACAACCUUGGAACCGAUUGCUCUAUUAAAUGAACUUCAAGCUAUUGAGAAUGAGAUGGGUCGAAUGAAGAUUAUUGACAAAGGUCCAAGAAAUAUUGACCUUGAUAUUCUACUUUACGAGAACGAGGUUGUAGAUCACCCAAGGUUACAAAUACCUCAUCCUGGGAUGGUUGAGCGGGAGUUUGUUUUGAGACCACUGGCGGAGCUUAUUCCUGGACAACCUUUGAAUCCGAAAACUCCAUGGAAGUUUACCCAGGAUUAUCUAAAUGAAUUGCCGCCAUCCCCAACCCCUUUAUCUACCACAACCCCAUUACAUCCAUCGAUUGGUUCAUUGCAUGCUCUUAAAAGGAAUCGCCAAACCCAUGUAAUGGCAAUUCUGAAUAUGACACCCGAUUCUUUCUCCGAUGGGGGCAAAAAUCUCAAUGAGAGAUAUUUUCUACGAGCCAAAUCCUCACAACUGAUUGGAUUCGGAGCAACUAUCAUUGAUAUUGGUGGUCAAUCAACCGCACCAGGUGCUCCUGAAGUAUCUUCUGAGGUAGAAAUAAGUCGCGUUCUACCGGCUAUCCAAGAGAUUAGGAAUACCAAAUCGCCCAAGAACGUAGCAAUUAGUAUCGAUACUUAUAGGGCAUCUGUAGCUAGGGCUGCUGUUGAAGCAGGUGCGGAUAUCAUUAAUGAUGUCUCUUCAGGUCAACUUGAUCCUGACAUGCUAUCUACCAUGGCCCAACUUGGAAAGACCGUAUGUCUUAUGCACAUGAGAGGAACGCCAGCAACUAUGACGACUCUUACAGACUAUGAGCCUGAGGGCCUCAUUCCAACCAUUGGAAAAGAGCUACUAGAGCGAGUAGCAGAAGCGGAGGCUGCCGGUAUUCGGCGAUGGCGUAUAAUUCUAGAUCCCGGAAUUGGAUUUGCGAAAACACAAGAUCAGAACCUCGAAAUACUUCGUCGGAUGGAUGAAUUGCGUGAUUGGCCCGGCCUACAAGGCCUGCCGUGGUUGAUAGGAGCCAGUCGAAAGAAGUUCAUUGGCAAAAUCACAGGAGUCGAUAGCCCGAGCGAAAGAGACUGGGGUACUGCGGCGACAGUGACUGCAGCGAUUCAAGGUGGAGCUGACAUCGUGAGAGUACAUUCUGUAGGGAAGUUAGCUAGGGUGGCUAAGAUGUCGGAUGCCAUAUAUAGAGUUUGA